GUCUCUCUGUCUCUCUCUCUCUCCCUCUCUCUCUCUCAGUGUGUGUUAUCCUCUCUGCUCGGCGGUCGCUCAGAUGCUGGCUGAUCUGUCACCACAUUAUUGUAAUCGAUUGUUAUUUACCGGAUCGAUACGAUCAGAGCGGGAUGAAGCCCCCCUGCAGAGGAUCGACGGUGUAUCUCCUGCUUCUCUUCUUCCUGCCAGUUUGUUUGGCAGCUCACGGCCGUUAUGCUCAGAAGCUGAUGACAGACUUGUUCACUAACUACACCAAUGCUUUGCGACCGGUGGAAGAUACUGACCACAUCAUCAACGUCACACUGCAGAUCACCCUCUCCCAGAUCAUCGACAUGGAUGAGCGGAACCAGAUCCUGACCACCUACCUGUGGGUCCGACAGGUGUGGAUGGAUGCUUACCUCACCUGGAAGACGGAGGACUAUGACGGUCUCGACACCAUCCGCAUACCAAGCAGCUUAGUUUGGAGACCUGAUAUUGUCUUGUAUAACAGUGCAGACGAUGAGUUCUCCAGCUCAAUGGAAACCAAUGUAGUUCUUCGUAACGAUGGUCAGGUCAUGUGGGACCAGCCCGCCAUCACCAAAAGCUCCUGCUCUGUGGACGUGGCUUUCUUCCCCUUUGACAUGCAGGAGUGUCACCUGACCUUUGGCUCCUGGACUCACAAUGGAAACCAGAUGGACUUAAUCAAUGCCUUGGACAGCGCUGACCUGGCUGACUUUGUCCCCAACGUGGAGUGGGAGGUUCUGGGAAUGCCAGCCAAGAAGAACGUCAUCCUGUAUGGCUGCUGUUCAGAUCCUUACCCAGACAUCACAUUCACCCUGCACCUGAAGAGACGGGCCUCCUUCUACAUCUUCAACCUCCUCAUCCCCUGCAUGAUGAUCUCCUUUCUGGCUCCGCUGGGAUUCUACCUGCCGGCUGACUCGGGUGAAAAGGUUUCUCUUGGUGUCACGGUGCUACUGGCCCUCACCGUGUUCCAGCUGCUGGUGGCUGAGAGCAUGCCGCCCUCCGAGAGUGUCCCGUUGAUAGGAAAGUACUACAUUGCGACGAUGACGAUGGUCACUGCAUCGACAGCUCUCACCAUCUUCAUCAUGAACAUCCACCACUGCGGUCCCGAGGCUCGGCCCGUCCCACAGUGGGCCGAGCGCUUCAUCCUCAACUACCUGGCCCGCAUCUGUUUCGUCUACGAGGUCGGUGAGAACUGCCUCAACGGCUCCUCAUCCAGGAGACAACCUCUGUCGCAGGAGGACUCUGAGGCCCCAUCAGCCGAUGGAGGCGACACCAAAGGAACAAACUGGGACGUGAAUGGGCAGGCGUGGGGAGGGAAGGUGGAGGAGGAUGGAGCUGGGAAGUCUGCGAAGGUGGGGCAGGAUCCGACCGUCCAGACGGACUGGAAGGAGGAUCUGUUUGUGAUCAUCGACCACUCAGAGGAGAAAGGAGCUGCUGGAGGACACGAGGUGGAGCAGGAGGAGUCGAGAAGUGCCUGUGGGGGACGAGAGGAGCAUGUCGAGGAGAAGAAAGGUGUAGGAGGUGAGGAGGGAGGUGGAGUCAGGGGCCACAGGAGGGAGAUCUGGGUGAAAACCCAGUGUGUGUGCCAGCACCAGGGACUGCGCAGGAACAUUGAGUACAUUGCCAACUCAUACCAGGACCAGCGAGCCACGCAGCUGCGCAUCGGGGAGUGGAGGAAGGUCGCCAAGGUGAUGGAUCGCUUCUUCAUGUGGCUCUUCUUCAUCAUGGUCUUCCUCAUGAGCAUCCUCAUCCUCGGAAAAGCCAUCUGAUGGAGAUCGACUUCGAAGAAUCACAUAAGCGAGCAGGUGUAACGAUAAAAUAAUUUGUUUAACCAUUAAAAUCACUCGUCAUUUCGUUUAAACAAGUGAACACAGAGGGUUUUGUUCACUAGGGAUCUAGCUGGAGAUGAGACGAUUUAAAGGCUCAAUUCACCAUUUUUAGGAAUUGAAACUGUAGAUGUGAGUCUGAAGAGGCUCGACCACACAGAUGGAGACACAGACAGGUGGAGUCAUCAGAGUUUGUGACGGUUAAAUAAUCAAGAAAAGGUAGUUGAGAUGAUCUCAGCACGUCGAAAUAACAUAAUGACUCGAUUUGCAUUUAAAUGUUUAGUGCACAGCUGCAUCUUAUUCAAACAUCACAUGCAAAGAUUCCUCGUGUUAAAUAUAAAGACUCAAACAAAUUUGACUAAUCAAGAAGGAAUUUCUGUGACGUUACCACAGUGAAGUACAGAGGCCACGGAUCAGACUUACUGUUUCUCAGUUUUCCAGCAAUAACGAGUUGAAUUUUAUUUGUUGCCUUGAGAUCACAAGUUAUUUAUGCUAUUAUCACAAAAGUUGAUGAGAUCAUUCACAUGUUAGAUUUACAUUUAGGGCAUUUAGCGACUGACAGGAAUUCAUACAUUCAUUAACACACUGACGGUGGUGGCUGCCAUGCAAGGUCCCGACCAGCACGUCAUCUGUUUCACACACACGCACACACACACACACACACACACACACACACACACACACACACACACACACACACACACACACACACACACACCUGUCAGUGUCAAAGUUUUUAAGACAUUAUGUUUGUCACAGUUUUCUAUAAGAAUAUAUUUUGAGUGUUAUUUUUGUUACAACCAGAAUGCAUGCAGGAUGUUUUUAAUUAAUACACACACACACACACACACACACAAUUAUCACACUUUCAUUAACGAUCAAAAGUUUAGCAUCACAGAUGAGUUCCCUUCAGCAUGACGACUCGCUGCAUGACAGAGCCAUUACAAACUGUAACUGUUAAUAUGCUGAAUGAGUGAUAAUCAUGGUGAUGAAGUCAGUGAGUGGAGUCAGAGUUAUUCUGACUGUGUUAACACUCAACAGGCUUGUUGCUCAAAUAAACAGAAUGAGACUUGAAUGUUACGUCUUGAGACGGACUGAGCGAAUUUAUUUCACAAGACUGAAACUGUGUAAAAUGCUGUCAGAAAAUAAGAAACGGUGUUUAUUUUACAGUCCGUACAUAUCCUGGUCACAAAUAUCCAAUAAUCACAUUUAAGGUAAGCAAAAAAACAUAUUUGCCUGAAAUGUAAUGAAAUGAAACUUUACACGUCUGAAGUGACUCAGUUUGUUGUUCAUCUUAACAAUGUAAAAGCAAGAGAUGCCAAAUCACAUCAGUGUAUCUGCCUGUUAUAUAACCUGUCUGUGUGCUGUUCAUCUUUGUCAAUAAACAUAUUUACAUACGACACACUGUUAAUGACACGAACACAUUAAAGACUUCUUAUUAAAACUA